AUGGAGCGAACUGUCAAAGCACUCCGAGUUCAAGGACCAGGCCAAGGUAGAGAAGUGGAAAUUACAUUCGGCGAGGAGCAUCUCCAUGCGAGCGGCGUUUUCGCUAAUGUUUAUUCAGCUAGAUUAUACAGGCCGGUAGAAAUGAUCGUUGCAAUUAAGAAGACCUGGGCAGGUAAAGGAUGGUCUGCAAUCAAUCCAGAAGUGUAUUAUCUAUCUCGAAUGAAGCAUCGAUGCAUCAUCACACUUCUUUAUCAUUUCACUCUAACAUCAGAUAAUGAGACAUGUUACUGCAUGGUUUUUGAUUACUUACCCACAGAUAUGGGCAAAUUGCGAAUGAGCAAAAUAGGUCGCCGUUUUCCCCUCUUGGAUGCUAAAUUAUAUGCAUUUCAAAUGUUCUCAGCAAUAGAUUACGUGAAUGCCUUAGGCAUUGCGCAUCGAGAUGUUAAACCAUCUAACCUGAUUGUUGAUGACGAAAAGGGGAUCUUAAAACUGGCUGAUUUUGGAAGUGCAAAACUGUUAAGAGAAAGCGAAGAAAAUACGCCAUAUCAGGUGACACGUUAUUAUCGAGCACCGGAACUGAUAUUCGGUUCGACUAGGUAUUCAACAGCAGUGGACGUCUGGGCAUGCGGUUGUGUUUUAUCCGAAUUUGUCACUGGCAAAGUACUCUUACAGGGACGUACUUGGCAGGAUCAAGCUCGACUAGUCAUCGAUAUAUUUGGCUAUCCGAGCACGGAGCAAUGUCAGGCAAUGAAAGUAAAAAAACCACGAUAUGCCCGAAAACGUGCCCGUAGUUUGCGAGUAGUGUUAAAUGCAUGCAAUGCACCAGCCGAUAUGAUCCAAUUGCUGCAAGCUAUCCUUGUUUAUGAACCUCACCUGAGACUUAAAGGUAAUGAAGUGCUCGGACAUUCAUUUUUUAACGAUUUACGGAAAAUUCCAGCACCAAUACGAAGUAAUGGACGAGUAAUACCACAUUUAGAUUACAUUAUUUAUCAGCAGAGUACACAAAAGACACAUUCUGAAGAAAGGGAUGCUGACAGUUCGGACGAAGAGGAGAUUGUGUCACGAAAAUAA